CAGUAGCAGACGCACAGUCAACUUGACAGUCGCACUACUGCCUGUGGAUGUAUGGUGGUUGUGCAAGUGGCCAUGUGUUGCCUGUGGUUGUUCGUCAGAUUUUCUUUUCAAGUUGCACCAGUUCUAUAUCACCUCUGAUCAGUCGAACUUGCAUGGAAAGGAAAAACAUUGAAUCAUUCAGUUCGGCGUCAGUCCCUGGCCCAGUUAGAAUAGAAGCCAACAUCACAGACCCGAGUAUAGGAAUCGAUCUACGUUUCCAGACAGUCGUACCCUCCACCGAGCAGCUCGUGACUGGCGACCCACUAUUGGCGCUGAAUUUAAUCCCUUGUAAACGCCCCCCCCCCCCCAUCAAUAUCCAUAGACAGUCGUUAGUGUUGCUUUUUGUUCUCACUUGUGGCGCAGUAACGGAAUCGACUGCGACAGUUUUUCCAAGAUCGAUCACGCUUGUGUCGUCUAACGUUCGUUAAGUUAAAUACGCUGCCUUUGUUUACAUGGCCCAUUGACCUUUGUGUGCUAACAAUCUCUUGAACGAGACCAAAAAAAAAUGGGCGACCGAGGAAUACAGUUGAGAUGUAAUGAUCGAUCAGGGAACAUCGAUUUGUUACUAUCCGAAUCGUUUGAAGAACGGUUUUGCGUCUCGCGUUGCGAUGAGAAUUGACCGGCCGAGUUGCAGUUGCCGCCAACGUUCCACCAAGGAAUUGCCUAACGUUUAUAAUACAGUGGAGCUAUCGCAGUUCCCGACAACACGACGUUCUUGGAAUAACCGCGGCAUCUCCAAGAAAAGUCUAUCGACUCCGGAUCUACUAAUGAGCCACCAGCGGCCGCAACGCCAUGAAACUUGCAGCGAUCCGGAUCAUGUUCCAGCGAACAGUCACGUUCCAAGCGGAAGGAGGCGUUGCAGAAGUCUGGAUUGCCUGUGCACCAUGAAGAGGACAUUAGUCGCGAUGGCUACCGGAUGGCUGCACGGUUAUCAGUCGGCGCAGCCAGAGGAGAUUGCAGCUUCUGAUGAAGACAUAAGCAGUGGCAGCAGUGCAGCGGCAGCUGGAGCCGCCCAGCAGCAGCAGCAGCCAAAUCAGCAAGAGCAGCAAAGCAGAGUCUGCACCAGCCUUUCCUGGGACAGCGGUUACAACGAGUGUGCAACUGAACUGGGCGACGCUUUCUCGCCGGUCAACCGACGGCUGACUGGCCCCAUGCGGAUGCCCUCCGUGGUUGUGAGUGACUGUUCGGACGAUCCCAAUGAAAAUGGUGACACAGUCAUUUUGGCCAACGGAUAUUAUCGACUCAGCGAAUUGCCCAGUCCGACCCUUUCGUCGCACUCGAGCUCUGGUCACGACACGGCACACGAAAUGGACCACGCGGAAACUCACGCCGCGUCGUGGAGCUGGGCGUCGUCGUACAGAGCCGGAUCGAAUGGACUGUUGAUCCUUCCAGGACAAGGCUUGUUAGAUGAGGACUCGGCAAUGUCGUCUAGCUUGCUCUCUGUUCGCCGAUUCUCCGAUUGUAGUAGUUGCAGUUCCUUGGCCACGUUAGACAUGGAACCCUGUUGCCCGGGUCCGUGCACGGCCCAAUCUCACACUACGUCAUUUCAGACCGAUCCUGACCAGUCGUUUCGAUUGGGAUACGAUUUGACUCAGGACGUGGUCGAGGAGGCGAGUGAAACGCCCAAACAAGAGGAGGUUCGCUUGUCGACCGAGGACUACACGUCAUCUCCAAAGGUCUCGGCAUGGCGGAAAGUGCGCAGCGCCGUCCAGUGGUCUCCAUUCGUCCAGACCUUCCGACGUCAGCGCUACCCUUGGGUUCAAUUGGCCGGCCAUCAGGGCAAUUUCAAACUAGGAGGUGAGCGCGGCACAAUCCUGAAGAAACUAUGCCCGAAAGAGGAAAGCUGCUUUCAAUUGUUAAUGAAAGAUCCUCUUCGGCCAUUUAUACCCUCAUACAAGGGCAACGUGACGUCCGACGAUGGCGAAAAGUUUCUAGUGCUACAAGAUCUGCUCGGCGAAUUUCGCAAUCCGUCUGUUAUGGACUGUAAAUUGGGAGUACGCACUUAUCUCGAAGACGAACUGGCCAAAGCCAAAUUGAAACCGAAAUUGCGAAAGGAUAUGUUUGAGAAAAUGCUACAAGUGGACCCGAGCGCCCCGACGGCCGAAGAACUUCGGUUGGGUGGCGUGACGAAACCGAGGUACAUGAUAUGGCGAGAAACUAUAUCGUCGACGGCCAGUUUGGGUUUUCGGAUCGAAGGAAUCCGCAAGCAAGAUGGGAGCUCCAGUAAGGACUACAAGACUGUCGGUUCUCCCCAACAAAUCGUUGACGUUUUACAGGACUUUGUGCGUCAUCAUCCUCACGCGUUGACGCAGUACAUUGCACGAUUGAACCAGUUGGAAGCCACGUUGGCUUGCUCCGAUUUUUUCGCCACCCAUGAGUUAAUCGGUACCUCAUUGCUUUUUGUGCACGAUCACAACAAAGCCAAUAUUUGGAUGAUUGAUUUCGCCAAGACUCAUCGGUUGCCGGCAGGAGUCCAGAUCGAUCAUCGGAGCCCAUGGUGUGUAGGCAAUCACGAAGAUGGUUACUUGGUUGGUCUGUCCAAUCUGACGCAGCUGCUGGAGCAACUGUUGGUGACUCGGGACCAAAGCCAGUCCAAUCCAACCUAGAUACAUUGAUAACAACGGUAGCACGUGUAUCUAUUUAAAUGUUUCGAGUAGUAUGUAAACAAUGGGUCCAAUUUGAACCUUGUUGCAUUAUGAUGAUGCAAGAGCUGUCAUUCCCAAAGAACGUUCCAAGUUUAACUGGUUAGAAGUACAGGAUAUCAUGACUGCUAUAUAUAUAUAUAUUUGUCAUACUAAAUAUCGUGAUCGGACGCGAAACGAUGUACAUUUCCAGUGCAAUCUCUCUGAUGAAAACUGCGGUUUACAUCAACUGAUCAUUUCCAAGUGCCUCUAUCGUAACGUAACUGUCUGUACAUCUGUUAUUUUAUUUUUUUUUCUCCUUUUUGUGUGGAUUCGGGCAGCGCACGUGCCAUUUUUCAGGAUUAUUGUUUUUCUACAUUCGUCCUGUUCCCUGACUUCCCCAUUCAAACUAUGUCAAUGAUUAACUUUGGUGUUUUUAUUAUUAUUUUCUGACACACCAUCAAAUUUCAAAUAUACAUUGCAUCACUUGGAUU